CCCGACGAGCCGCCCGCCGUGCGGGAGCUGGAGGAGGCUGUCCGCACCCUUCAGGACCGCAUCGACCGGAUAGAGCAGGAGCUGCCAGCCCGUGCCAACGGCUCAGCACCCACUGCCCCAGCACGCAAUGCCCUCCACACCAAGAUGGAGCAGCUGGAGGAGCAGCUCCUCUCUAAGAUCCUGACCCUGCAGAAGGAGCGCCAAGCUGCCAACACUGACCGCAGCCAGCAGCAGCACAACAUCGAGAAGGAGCUGAACUCCCUCCAGAACCGGGUGAUGGAGCUGGAGCAUGGACCACUGGGCUACAGCCCUCCUGAUGCCUUCAAGGUGACCAUCCCAGUGCAGAACAACUACAUGUACGCCCGCAUAAAGAAGAGCCUGCCGGAGCUCUAUGCCUUCACCAUCUGCAUGUGGCUGAAGUCCAAGGCUGUAGCAGGGCUUGGCACCCCUUUCUCCUACUCUGUCCCAAGCCAAGCCAAUGAGAUUGUGCUGUUGGAGUGGGGCACUAACCCCCUGGAGCUGCUCAUCAACGACAAG